AUGGGAAUCCCAGAGGUGAAGCCCCUGAAGCCAGGGAAUCCCAGAGGUAGGACAUUCAAAGGUUCUUACAGUAUAGAUGUGAAGCUCCCGCGCAGCAGCGUCGCCCAGGAAGUGGUGCUCGAGGCUGGGGCUCGCUGGCAUUGUCCUUCACCCGAGAGCGCCCCUCUUAAACCCCGGCGGACCCGCCCGGGAGGGAGAGCAGUCUUAUCACAAAAGGCAGUCACCACCAGGCAGCGGUGGUCAUCGGCGCGUCAGCUUCGGGGAAAGUGGUACGUCCGAGCUUCUCCACAGCCGCCGUGCUUUCUGUGCUUGUUGCGGCAAGCUGUCUCCAGACCCGCCUCUCCGCCUGUCGUCAUCUCUGAAUCAUCCCGCCCCAUUUCGACAUCUCUCUUCCCUCCCUCCAGCUCUCGGCUCGGCGCAGGACCCAGCGACAGCGGGCCCCGGGGAACUCAUUCAUUCAGCAACUGCGGGGUUUCCAGGGCGACUUCGGGGCCUUCGGGAGUCGGCUCGCGAGCUGCACGAGACGGGGUCGGGGGCAUCGCUCCAGAUGCGACCAGUCUAACGGGCCGCCGCCCGCUUGUCGCAACAGCUUCCCGGAACGGCCCGCGGGCCGCGCCAGGGGAUACCCGGCUCAAGCUGGCUCCACCUCACGCCGGCCUGAGAUCCCGCGGGAACAGAACUCUCGGGCCAAAGCCGCCUGCACGCGACCCGCGCAUCCCGGGAUUUGGGGCGGGCGCUCGAACGCAGAUCCUAACGGCAUCCGUCAGCGGUUUGACCUUGAAGGCCUGGCACCACGCCCCAUCCACCCCACAGGGUACCGCCUGGAGCUCCACAGGCGCCAGUCUGGGGCCCAAAUCUGGCCUCUCUCGCCCCUGGGCUCUUCGCUCUCUUCCGGUAGCCAAUCGGAUCCCGACGUGA